GGCGACGCAGCGCUGUGAAACCCACCCGCACCACUCCCCAGGUGCCGCUCAUCGACCUGGAGCCCCAGAGCCCCCCCAUGGCGCAGCUCCUGCACCGCUGGCAGCAGCUCUGGCUCCUGGCCUUGGACCGGCAGGGCCAGAGUGCCCUGCGGCGGCUGCGCGAGGUGGAGGAGUUUGCGCACUUUGACUUUGGCGUCUGGAGGAAGCGGUACAUGCAGUGGAUCAGCCACAGGAAAUCCCGCAUCCUGGAUGUUUUCCGAGGCAUCGACCGGGACCAGGAUGGGCGGAUCAGCCAGCGGGAGUUCGUCCAGAGCGUCCUCUCCUCCAAAUUCCCCACUAAUGUCCUGGAGAUGAGCGCCGUGGCCAGUAUCUUUGAUAUGAACAGUGAUGGCUUCAUUGAUUACUACGAGUUCGUCAGCGCUCUGCACCCCAGCCGGGACCCGCUGCGGAGGGUCGCUGACGCUGACCAGAUCCAGGACGAGGUAUGGCAGGGCGCGGAGCUGGGCAGCUCAGGCACUGGGAGGGCACCAGGAGCUGGAGGAGAGGAGCGUUCGCAGCUACUGCAGGGGGUGAUGGGCAGCAAGUGGGAGCCCGAGGGGACCACUGGCAUCGUCUGGGCUGGCCUGUGUCAUGCAGGCCAGAGACGCCCCCAGCUAACUCCUAGAGCAGAGCUUGCAGACAAACACCCAACCCGGAUUUAA